AUCUGUUUUCCGUGCGUUCUAUAACUUUCUCCACGUCUCUCGCACGGUCGCACCACCCAUUCAACCACCUCUCAAGCUCCAAACUUUUUCAACUGCCCAAACUACCAAACGACCGAACGACCGAACGACACCGUCUUUCUAAUACAUAGUAAUGCUUUAUCCUUUUUUACGGUGAUGCGUCAAUGUCUCCUUGUACGAGUCAAGAUCCCCCUCGUGUACUAUUUGUUUCUCUGAAACUCUGAGUUUUUUCCUCUUUCAAUCUCAUAUCUGUCUGUGUCGAAUAAAUGGCGGCCAAAAUUGGUUCCUUUAGGCACAGUUUUGCCGAGAGAAGCAAGGAGAGGCUGCUAUCGAGAAAAGGGUACUCGGAUUUUGGCCUCAACAGCUCUGAAACCGGCGAUGAUCAUGUUAAAUGUGGAUGUUUUCGAGCAGUUUCUGAUGGAUUUAACAAUUUCUGUAAGAGUUUUCAGGAUACUUUUAUCAAAUUGUAUCAAAUGGGUCACUCGGAUCCUCGAAAAGCUGUCUUUGCUGCCAAGAUGGGGACGUCACUGUCAAUUGUAUCGCUGCUCAUAUUUUUCAAGGAGCCCCUUAAAGAUGUUAGCCAGUAUUCCAUCUGGGCAAUUCUCACAGUUGUUGUCGUCUUUGAAUUCAGCGUAGGUGCAACCCUGAACAAAGGUUUUAAUCGUGCUUUGGGGACGUUUUCGGCUGGAGGGCUUGCUUUGGGUAUCGCAGAAGUAUCUGUAUGGGCAGGAGAUCUCCAGGAGGUUGUUAUUGUAAUCAGUGUUUUCAUAGCAGGUUUUUGUGCUAGUUAUGCCAAGCUUUAUCCGCCAAUGAAGUCUUAUGAAUACGGAUUUCGGGUAUUCUUGUUGACUUAUUGUAUCGUCCUGGUGUCUGGGACUUCAUCAUUCGUCCAAACAGCAAUUUAUCGAUUAUUGCUUAUUGGAGUCGGUGCUGGCAUAUGUUUGGGUGUAAAUAUACUCAUAUACCCCAUCUGGGCAGGGGAGGAUCUCCAUAAGCUGGUGGUUAAAAACUUUAGGGGUGUUGCUGUUUCUUUGGAAGGUUGUGUUAAUGGAUAUCUGCAAUGUGUUGAAUAUGAGAGAGUUCCUUCAAAGAUUCUCACUUACCAAGCUUCUGAUGACCCAUUGUAUAGUGGCUAUAGAUCGGCUGUGCAAUCUUCAAGCCAAGAGGAAUCCCUGUUGGACUUUGCAAUAUGGGAGCCACCGCAUGGCCCUUAUAAGUCAUUCAAUUAUCCCUGGAGACACUAUGUCAAAGUUGGUGGUUCACUUAGGCAUUGUGCAUUCAUGGUCAUGGCAAUGCACGGAUGCAUACUCUCAGAAAUACAGGCACCACCAGAAAAGAGACAGGUUUUUGGCAUGGAGCUUCAGAGAGUUGGUAAUGAAGGUGCUAAAGUACUUCGUGAGCUAGGAAGCAAAGUGGAAAAGAUGGAAAAACUGAGUCCAAAAGACAUACUUUUUGAAGUGCAUGAAGCAGCAGAAGCGUUGCAGAUGAAGAUAGACGAAAAGUCAUACCUUCUUGUCAAUUCAGAAAGAUGGGCACCUGAAAUACGGCCCAAGGAAUAUGAAGAACCUCAGCAUUUUGUUGAUAGAGAGAAUGAAAAUAAGCAGGUGGUGAUUGACUCUCUCAGUGAAUUCUGGGAUCCUCAGAAUCCUAGCGGCGGUGCAGAUCCUUCCAUGCGACAAUGGAUAUCCUCGGAAAGCUUGUUAAAAAACCCAGUUUCAUGGCCGCGCCUUUCGUUUAAUGCCCAUGUUGUGCAACAGGAACCAGAAGAAUCAAAAGUUUAUGAAAGCGCCAGCUCCUUAUCUUUGGCAACGUUUGCAUCACUUCUGAUUGAGUUUGUGGCUAGGCUUCAGAAUCUCGUGGAUGAAUUUAAAGAGCUCAGUGAGAAAGCCAAGUUUAAGGAUCCUGUGGACCCGUUUGAAGUCAAAGACGAGGUGGUUGGGUUUUGGACCAGACUAUUAAGGUGGUUGCGGUUGAAGAAUUAAGAGUGUGUUUUUCAGUUGGCUAGAUAUGUGUUAUAAUUUUGAUCCAAGAAUUUGGAGGUCAUCAUCACUGGUGGUAACUCAAACGAGUUGACAAAGUGAUUUCGGUUUAGCUCUACAGAUGUAUUGAAAAUGAUGUACAAAGGCAGGGAGUGAGGUUCUCUGUUUUGAACUCUUGAUUUGAUGCCCUUUGAUGCAACCCA